GUUUUGGCAUGAAAUGUAAUUGUCGCUGUUCCGUACUCGCUCGCUUUUCUUCCAGUGUAUUUCCAGAGAUCCGAUCCGAUCUGAUCCGAUCCGAGAUAUAUAUUCACCACGCGAUCGAGUGCCUUGUUUAACAAAUGCAUCUAAAGCGGUCGCAUUAAGUCGCGACUAGUUAUAUAAAGGGCAAAACUGAAAAAAAGGCGGAGGAUUUCCAUAAAUUAAUUACGAAGCUACUUGAACUAAUUUGCCUACAUUAAAGCCAAAAUGAGUGUCGAAAGAGAUGACGAAUACCUCAAAUUUGUACCCCACUCAAAGUCGUAUCAUGUGGUUCCAGGAGCGGAGUUUCAAUGCAAACUGGGCAACCACAACUCCAGAAAACUUUCUACCAUCGAUGAGCAGGAUGACGAUGUGGCCAAUCGGAGGGGAAUAUUCCACCAGAUUUUGGCCACUUGUGCAGUUCUAUUACUUUCUGCUGGAUGUGGCAUGCCCAUUGGAUAUUCGGCCAUUUUGCUGCCCCAACUAACGGAUACCAAUACCACUGAGAUCCCUAUAGAUGUCGAAACAGGCUCUUGGAUAGCCAGUGUCCAUAGUUUGGCCACCCCCUUUGGUUCCCUGCUCUCGGGACCCUUGGCGGAUUACUUGGGUCGCCGCAGGACCCUAAUUAUUUCCGUAAUCCCCCUCCUAUUUGGCUGGAGCACAAUGGCGAUUGCCAGGAGCGUUAAGGUGGUGAUCUUUGCUCGAUUCCUGUGCGGAUUUGCUACCGGAAUUUUGGGUGGACCCGGACAGGUCUACAUUGCGGAAACGGCGGAGCCAAAUUUGAGAAGUGUUCUGAUCGGAGCUCCCUAUGUGGCCUACUCCUCCGGAAUCCUGCUGGUCUACUACCUCGGCUCCUUCAUGUACUGGCGGAGUGUGGCCUGGUGCGCCAACGUCCUGCCCAUGCUGGCCAUGGUGUCCAUUUCCUGCAUCCCAGAGACUCCUGCCUGGCUCCUUCGCAAUGGGCAUGAAAAACGUGCCUUGCAGGCGUUGACCUUCCUUCGGGGCAGCGAAAUCAAUGCCCAAAAGGAGGUGAACGAUAUGAAGCAGAGAUUGGCCAAGGAACGGGUCACCACCAGGACCAAUGAGAAUAUCUUCCAGCUGUGCUGCCAAAGGGUGGCCAAAAAGCCGCUAGUCAUCGUGAUCGUGUUCUCCCUGCUGCAGAUGUUCUCGGGCACCUUCAUUGUGAUCUUCUACGCCGUCGAUAUGAUUUCGGAAUUCGGAGCUGAAUUCGAUUCCAAACAGGCGGCGAUUUGGACAGCCGCUGUCCGUUUUGUCUGCUGCAUGGUCUUCUGUGUGAUCCUGAUCUUUGUUCGCCGCCGCAGGAUCAUGAUCGUGUCGGGAAUGGGUUCCGGUCUAUUCUGCAUUGUGUUGAGUGCCUAUCAGUAUGCCAGACAUGAUCAGCCCAAAAUGCCCUACGAUGUUCUGGUAGGAGCCGUAUGUCUCUUGGGUUAUAUUAUCUUCAAUACAGCAUUGAUGGUUAUGCCUGGCAUCAUGAUCGGGGAGCUAUUUCCGGCUAGGAUCAGGGGAAGGACAGCGGGUGGCGUUUUUGCCUCCAUGAACGUGGCUCUAUUCAUCUUCGCGAAGAAGUUCCCCGCCCUGCAGGCAAUGCUCAAAAUGCGCGGAGUGUUCCUGGUCUUCGGAGUAUCCAGCUUCCUACUCACCGCCUUUAUGUGCAUGUUCCAGCCGGAGACGAAGGGCCGUAGUUUGGAUCACAUCGAGGACUACUUCAAUGGCAAUAACUGGCUUUGGUUCCGGCGGGAUCGUGGCUAUAAGACGGUCAACUUGCAGCCCCUGCAACCACUCAAGAACAAUCGGGGGACGGACGCAUAAACCGGGGGUAUUGCCUUUAAAUCAGGUCCUAGUUUAGAUAGUGUUAGCCAUACUCGUAGCCCUAGCCCCAGUGCCUCAUUAGACUCGCUCGAUAUUCCAGUGUCCCCCAGUUUGGCCACUCCGACAGGGAAUCUUCAAAUGUUAAGUUUAUUAAUUCCAAUUGUGAUCGCUAUGCUUUAAAUUGUGUUUAUUCGUUAGCUAUAAUUAUAAUUAGAAAUACAAAUAUUAAACAAAA